AUGACGAGCUCCCAGACAAACCUAUAUAUGACCAGUUUGACGCGCCCAACCCAUCUGGCUCCUUUAGAGAGGCACUAG